CGGGCAACGUCCGACGUGAUGACGUCACGAGGAACCCGCCAAUGAAACGGGGCGCUGAGAAAGCUGGCUUGGGUUUGAAUUUUGAGAUUAAGUGUGAAGCGCCGGGAGGCGGACAUUAAAGAGAAGUGGUCGCGGUGGCCUUUCUUGGGGCCUGAGAGAAAGAUCUAGGUAUAGUCAGAAAUCAAGAUAAUCAACAAUGUCUGCCACUGAAGAAGACCUGUGUCACCACAUGAAAGUAGUUGUUCGUGUACGUCCUGAAAACACAAAGGAAAAGGCAGCUGGAUUCCGUAAAGUGGUCCAUGUCGUGGAUAAACAUAUACUACUUUUUGAUCCCAAACAAGAAGAAAUCAGUUUUUUUCAUAAAAAGAAAACUACAAAUUUUGAUAUUACAAAGAGACAAAAUAAAGAUCUUAAAUUUGUAUUUGAUACUGUUUUUGAUGAAACUUCAACUCAAUUGGAAGUUUUUGAACAAACAACUAAGCCAAUUCUUCGUAGUUUUUUGAAUGGAUAUAAUUGCACAGUACUUGCCUAUGGGGCCACUGGAGCUGGGAAGACCCACACAAUGCUAGGAUCAGUUGGUGAACCUGGAGUGAUGUACCUAACGAUGUUAGACCUUUACAAAUCCAUGGAUGAAAUUAAAGAAGAGAAAGUAUGCAGUACUGCAGUCUCUUAUCUGGAGGUAUAUAAUGAACAGAUCCGUGACCUCUUAGUAAAUUCAGGGCCACUUGCUGUCCGGGAAGAUGCUCAAAAAGGCGUGGUCGUUCAAGGACUGACUUUACACCAGCCCAAAUCCUCAGCAGAAAUUUUACAAUUAUUGGAUAAUGGCAACAAAAACAGGACACAACAUCCCACUGAUUUGAAUGCUACAUCUUCUCGUUCUCAUGCUGUUUUCCAGAUUUAUUUGCGACAACAAGACAAGACAGCAAGCAUCAGUCAAAAUGUUCGUAUUGCCAAGAUGUCAUUAAUUGACCUGGCAGGAUCUGAGCGUGCCAGUGCUACCAGUGCUAAAGGGACCCGGUUUGUAGAAGGCACAAAUAUUAAUAGGUCACUUCUGGCUCUUGGGAAUGUCAUUAAUGCCUUAGCAGACACAAAGAGAAAGAAUCAGCAUAUUCCUUACAGAAAUAGUAAGCUUACUCGCUUGUUAAAGGAUUCUCUCGGAGGAAACUGUCAAACUAUAAUGAUAGCUGCUGUUAGUCCUUCCUCUUUAUUCUAUGAUGACACAUACAACACUCUUAAGUAUGCUAACCGUGCAAAGGACAUUAAAUCUUCUUUGAAGAGCAAUGUUCUUAACCUGGAUAAUCAUAUUUCUCAAUAUGUAAAGAUAUGUAAUGAGCAGAAGGCAGAGAUUUUAAUGUUAAAAGAAAAGCUAAAAGCUUAUGAAGAACAGAAAGCCUUUACUGAUGAAAAUGGCAAAGCAAAGUUAAUGACUUCAAAGCCUGAGGAAAAAGAAUUUGAAAGAUUUCAUGAAAUUCUGAACUGCUUGUUUCAAAAUAGAGAAGAAAUCAGACAAGAAUAUCUGAAAUUGGAAAUGUUGCUUAAAGAAAAUGAACUUAAGUCAUUCUAUCAACAACAGUGUCAUAAACAAAUAGAAAUGAUGUGUUCUGAAGACAAAGUAGAAAAGGCCACUUGCAAAAGAGAUCACAGACUUGCAAUGUUGAAAACUCGUCGCUGCUACCUGGAGAAAAAGAAAGAAGAAGAAUUGAAGCAAUUUGAUGAGAAUACUAAUUGGCUGCAUCGUGUUGAAAAUGAAAUGAGACUCCUAGGUCAAAAUGGUCAUAUUCCAAAGGAACUCAGUAAAGAUUUUCAUUGCCAUCAUCUGCACCUCCAGAACAAGGAUUUGAAAGCACAAAUUAGACAUAUGAUGGAUCUAGCCUGUCUUCAAGAACAACACCACAGACAGACUGAGGCAGUUUUGAAUGCUUUACUUCCAGCCCUAAGAAAACAGUAUUGUACUUUAAAAGAAGCUGGUCUAUCAAAUGCUGCUUUUGAAUCUGACUUUAAAGAAAUUGAACAUUUGGUGGAGAGGAAAAAAGUGGUGGUCUGGGCAGACCAAACUGCUGAACAUCCAAAGCAAAAUGACCUACCAGGGAUUUCUGUUCUUAUGACCUUUCCACAGCUUGGACCAAUUCAGUCUAUCCCUUGUUGUACAUCUUCAAGUGAUCCUAACCUGCUUAAAAUUCCUCCACAAAAAAGAACUCGUAGAAGACUAAUGUCUUCUCCCUUAAAAGUCAAACACACGGAAAAGUCUGCGCUGUCUGAAAGUAUGCAUCUCAAUGAUUCUCUCAGCCAAGAACUUCAACCUAUUGUAUAUACUCCAGAAAACUGUAGAAAACCUUUUCAGAAUCCAUCUCCAGUAGCCUUAAUAAAGCCAUCAUCACAUACUGCGGGUUUUCAGGACAUCAGCUCAAACAGAAACAGUGAUAAUUCUCUAAAACUGUUAUGUGAAGAGGAAAUUUUGAAUUCUACAUUUACUAUAUGUGAAGACACUAGGAGCUUGAAGAGUAAAUUACCUGAACAAGAACCUCAACCAAACAACAAUAAAAACAUUUUACAAAGGCUGGACCCUUCAUUCUCAACUAAGCAUUCUAUGCCUCUACCAAGCGUGGUGCCAUCCUACAUGGCAAUGACUGCUGCUGCCAAAAGGAAACGGAAAUUAACAAGUAUUCCAUCAGCUGCUGAAGAAAACCAUGGAUUUGCCAAACGUGUUCGAUCAGAUAAUUCAAGUGAUAAACAUUUACAAGAACACAGAACAACCACAGAAUUUAAAAGAAACAUCCAUAAGAUAAAUCCAAGGAUAGUUAGAAAAUUUGGAAGAAACAUUUCAAAAGGAAAUCUAAGGUGAAUCACUUCAAAGUCAAGAAAAAUAAAUUGAUCAAAUUUGCUUUUAAAAAUUUGCUUUGUUGGUAUCUUUUCAGAAAUGUAUUUAAAAUCUUUGAAAGAAGACUGUUUUAAAGCUAUGUCUAAAUACUUUCAGCAAGCAGAAAAGAAACUGUUUUUCUCCUUUUGUAUUGUAAGUAAAUACAACAUUUCAACAGAAAAGGUUAUGUUGUAAAAUAUUUGUUAUCUUUUUAAGUCCCUAAGUCACCUGAUGGCAGCUUCCUGUUACUAUGCUUCAGCAAAUCAGUUAGGACAUUUUAGAAAAUAAUAGUCAAAAUUAUUCCCAUUUUUUGUGUCAAUAAGGAAAAUUUGGAAGUGAUCAAAUUACACCGCCAGAUAUAUUUGGACUUCUAUUAUGUUUUCAUACAUUAUUUUAAUUAUACAUAUUUCUCUUUCUAAAAAUACUUUGAUGUACAAAUGUAGAUAAUAUGUGUCCAUAAAGUUGUAAAUAGUAUUUAAAUAGUUGUCCUGAAUAAAAUACUAAUAUUGUUCCUUGAUACUUUACAUAUUAAAGAUGCAGAUUUUAAAGUGGUUUUCCUGUCUCAUUACUACCCCUUAUAUAUGCCAGACUAUUACUUUAUAUAAAAUGUGAAUGUUACAGAUUUGUAUUUCAGAUUAUAACAAGAAAUAUGGUACCAUAACCAAAUCUUAAAAUACUCCAUACAUUUCUUAAUGAUAGGGAAAAAAAUUUUAAUCUAUUCCUGCUGCUUUAGAAAUUAUAUAGACCUAUAAGUUAAUUAUAUAACCUUCUUUACCCUGCUGCUAAAUACAACAAAUAGUUAAAUGCACUUUUUAUUUUAUACAGUGCAGGAAACUUCACACCAAAGCAAAUAAUCAUAGAACUGUCAUAAGGAGAGUCACCAUACUCAUUAUUUUGGAUGCUUCAUCAAUAAAUUUUUUUAUUGUAUUGCCCUUUUUAACAAUAAUUUUUACCUCUCUGUUAUUCCCUUCAGUGUAAUUUAAUUGUGUGAUUCAAAGAAAUCUUACCAAAUGCUGAUGAGUAGCUAACAUGAUUAAUAAGUGGUCAUAGCUUAUAGUCCAUCAUACUAUAUUAUUAACUAGAGAUAUUUCCUACUGUAAAAAUUAAUAAUACCUUUGAAAUGCAACCAUGUUAAGGAGAAAUUAGGAGGAAUAAAUUAUAAUGAAUAUGGGAAAAGAAAGCUAUUGAAUAUGUUACUAAGACAAAAUAUGCAUCUAAACUAGAACAAAAAUUCUAUUCAAUGUCACUUUGAACAGUUCAUUCAUAAAUGAAUUUUAUGUAAAAAAUGGAUCAGUCAUAAGUAUAUAGCUCAAUAGAUUUUUUGCAAAAUGAGCAUACUGAUAUACCUGCAUAUAAUGGAAAUAUUCAGGGCCUCAAAAGCCCUCCUUGUACCCCAUCACAGCUACCAUAUCCCCCAAGGGUAACAACUUUUCUAACAUCAUACAUUGACUUUAACUAAAAUAAUUUGUAUUAAAACAUAUUGUAUUCUAAAAAAAAAAGAUACAGAAUUGUAAAGAGUAAAAUGUGUGUCCUCACCCUGUACCAAUAGCACUCCUAAAUGUGACUGCUGUUAAUUCAAGUUCAAGGACUACCAAAUUAUUUAUUCAUAUAUAAUUCUAUAUAAGGGCAACAAAAACUGAGUCAUGCUUUUUAAUAUUUUUGGCUAUUUGCUUUUUUAUUUACAUUUAAAAACAUCCUAGACAUCGUUGUAAAGUUUUUAAGUAUCAGUUUCAUAAAUAUUGCUGACAAUAAAUAUACUUCCAGUCACCAAAUUUUUCCACACUUUUUUGAGCUCUAUGUAAUAAUGCUUUAAAUGCAUUUUCACCUAUUCCUUGCAACAAGCCUUUAAAGCAGAUUACAAUUAUGUUGUACAUGAGAAAUAUGUUUUAUUAUUUGAAAAAUAAACAUCAUAUUUACACCCACUCAUUCACAAUUUCAAAUUCCACUCUUCAGAUUUUGAAAAUGAGUCCUUGUGAUUGUUAAAGCCUGAAUUCUAACAUGAGACUCAAUAGUCUUAUCCUCCUUAAUGUGAACAUUCAAAGGCUUUGCUGUAGAAAUGUUAGUAUUUGAUUAGAAAUGUUUGCUUCAGACCCCAUGUCUAUGACAAAUUACCUGAAGUUGAGUACUUUAUGAAGGGAAGAGAUUUAUUUAGACCACAGGUUUGUAGGCUAAAAGUCCAAGAUCAAGCAACUCUACCCAUUGGUUCAAGCUUUAGUGAAGGCCCCCUUGACUGUCAUUACAUGGCAGAGGAAGAGGAAGAAAGCCAGCAUCAAGUAGAAAGAGGCAAGCACAUGUUAGGCCUUGCUUCCUAACAACUCACUCUCAGGAGAAUCAACUCAAUGAGACCAGCAUUAAUCCCAAGGGCAAUGUUGCCAAUGACCUAAACAGCUUUCACCAGCCCCAACCUCUUAAAUGUUCUAUAGCCUCUUAGUAUUAUCACACUAGGGCUCAGACUUCCAGUACAAGAAACUGAGGGACAAACUGCAUCCAAGCCAUAGCAGGGUGAAAGACAAACAUGCUGUAUGCCCAAUAUUACCUAUAUUACCACUUGAAAACAAAACAUUCUGAAUCCCCAACAGCCAUAAACAGAUGAUUGUUUAUUAACAACAUUUGUUUUCCUGAUUAAAGCAGCAGAUAUUUAGAAAAGUUAAUUUGCCAAAACCUACAACUGGACAGUAGCAUAGUUGGUAUUUUGAACUAAGGUUAUUAUAAUAGCUGCUACUAUACUGAGCCUAUUGUACAUUGCCUCUGUCUACAGUGUGACCCAAAUUGUGCAUAUGGAUAAUUACUCAAAGCACUUCUACCACAAAAAACAAAUCCAAGUCACAUGUUCACCUAGGAUUGGUAAUUAAUGUGUGCUGAAGGUCAGUAAACUAAUUAUACCUGAAAUUUGGUUUUAAGAUUUCACAAGAGUGCAUUUUGUAAUUAUAAGAAAAUUACAUUUAGCUCACAUGUUUAUAUCAAAAACAAAAAAUAUUGUUACUCGAACAUGUAGAGAAGUGGUAUCAUUGAAAGCAUUCAAAAAUCUUAUGGCUUGGGACCAGCGCUGAGGCAUAGUGGAUUAAGCCACCAUCUGCAGUGCAGGCAUCCAUAUGGGCACCAGAUUCAAGCCCCAGCUGCUCCACUUCCAAUCCAACUCUGCUAAUGUGCCUGGGAAAGCAGCACAAGAUGUUUCAAGUGGAUGAGCACCUGCACCCAUGUAGGAGACCCAGAUGAAGUUCCUAGUGCCUGGCUCAGCCCUGGCCAUUGCAGCCAUUUGGGGAGUGAACCAGCUGAUGGAAGAUCUCUGUGUGUCUCUAAUUCUGAUUUUCAAAUAAAUAAAUAAACUUUUUUAAAAAAUCCUA